GGUGCGGUAUAUUCUGAACGUCACUCGAGAGAUCGAUAAUUUCUUCCCGGGAGUUUUCGAAUACCACAAUAUCCGCGUUUACGACGAAGAGGCGACGGAUCUGCUGGCUUACUGGAACGACACCUACAAAUUCAUCUCCAAAGCAAAGAAGAACGGCUCCAAGUGCCUGGUCCACUGCAAGAUGGGGGUCAGCCGGUCGGCCUCCACCGUCAUCGCCUACGCCAUGAAGGAGUACGGCUGGAACCUCGACCGGGCCUACGACUACGUGAAGGAGCGCCGCAGCGUCACCAAGCCCAACCCCAGCUUCAUGCGCCAGCUGGAGGAAUACCAGGGCAUCCUCCUGGCCAGGUGA